CAUCACCAAGCAUCAAUCUCCUCUCCCCAAAAAGUUUUAGAUGCUGUUGUUUACAUGCUCACUAGCGACAUCUAGCAACCCUGACCUGUAUUACAGCGACAGCUGCUAUGGUUACAUUGUAAACACCCGCGAGGCCCCAGCACAACAACUGCGGGUACAGGUGGACCUAAUUAAAUCCCGCUUUCCACACAGCGACUAUUGUUGAAAGACAGCCAUGGCACCCAGGAGCUCCAAACCCCGCCACAAGUCUGCAGUCCUGCCGGGAACGGCUGAUACAGACGUGACGUUACCUGACGGCAUCAUGUGUAUCUGUGAGCUGUGUGACUGUGGACGCCACAAGCACCACAAGGGAUGCAAGAAAGUUCGAGGCACAGGAAUACAGGGGAAGCUGGGGGAGUGCUCACUCAGUCACUACCAGGAGACGUUCAAACAUCACAGAGUUCGGCCGCGCAUGUCCAGACGCCCCCCGCCCACUGCACGCGACCCCCGACCUGCGCGUAUGGACUUCAUGACCGUCCAGAAGAACGACUACCAGCUGCCGGGGGUCACAGGUCGCAUCGGACUCAUCAAACAGGAGGACAACUACGAAUUACCCAACAUGCCUUUGGAGGGGAUGACAGAAUACAGGAAGGAGUUUUUGGAGAAGUCAUCAUCCCCCGCCCACCUGACGCGCCCUGUCACCACCCACCAACCAACCAGACACAAGCUGGACUCCCGCACCGCCAACCGAGACUUCUUCAAACCAUGGGUGCCGCAGCCUCGCUUCCAGUUUGGUGAACUUCCCACUUUCACAGGGUCCAUCCUGUACCCAAACCCUGCUGACUCCAAGAAGCACCUGAAGUCUGUGACCAUGGCCGACUUCCCGGAGAAACUGGGUGGGAAAACGGAGCUGGUCAAGUCUAAACCUGACAACAUCCUCCUGGAGGGGAGCCACGACCUGGAGACCACCAACAUGAAGACGUACCGCGGACACCGGGACGCCGCGCCGGCUACACGCGCCCCCGCACGCGACCAGGAGAUGGUCAUACCCAGGAGAGGUGACAAAAACAUGCAGACCAAGUAUCAGUUUGACUUCAAGGGUAAGAGACAGCCUCGUACCAAGAUGUGCACGCCGGCGCCUGAAACCAUCCGGCUGACAAUGCACUCCCGCAUGCGUAACUUCGAGACAGAGCAGAUGGGGUCGUUCCCGGGUUACGACGCACGCGUACACCCGCGACCUGACCUUAUUAGGAAGGAACAGGAGUACCAGACGGAUCCAAACCUGCCGUUUGAGGGGACGACCAUCACGAUGCAGGACUUCCGUACGCAGGACGUCCGCGGUGCAUACAACGCCCCCGCCCUCCAGCCUCAGCCCAGUCUGAAACCCACCAACGCCAAACUGGACGGGACCACCAUGAACGACACCUUCUUCAAAGACUGGGGCACCUCGCCGCGCGUACGCUUCGGGGAUUUCCACGAGGGGCACUACGUCCCGCCGCUCAGGAAGUUUGAGGGGUACUCCACGACGAAACACGAGUUUGUCCCGCUGAAGGCGGAGAAAGUGACCAACUACAAACCGGAGAACAAGCCGGUGGCUUCCCUGGGCGAACAGGACCUGACCACCAUAUACAAGCAGGACUUCCUCCCUGUGGAGAAGCCCAUGUGCCGGGCGGAGGAGUACCUCCUCAAGAAACAACUCAAGACCAUGAAGAAAAAGGCAGCACAACCAGCAGCUUAAAUUAUUUGGGUUGAUUUAAAUAAUUGUUUCUACUGUUAAUAGAUUUUAAUGCUUGGUAGGUUCAAUUUUGUUGUUAAGGCUACCAGUCACAUUUGUUUAAAACUAUAUUCAAAGGCACAAGAUCUUAAAAAUGGCUCUUGUAUCCAAUAAGAUUAGUCAAUCAAAUUGUUGUGUAUCAUUGAACUGCAUAACUUUGUCUCUUCUACUGUCAAAGUUAUGCAUAGAUUUGAAUAAAGCAUAUAACACAGAGAACAACACUAU